CCAACAGCCUGUGGACAAAUUCAACUCUGGCUUCCACAAGUCUUUCUGAUUCGAGUCCCCAAUAUCUAAUCCUUUUUUAGACCACAAAAAUUGAGAUAGUAACACCGGAAUCGGGCUCGGAGAGAAGAGUGAUGGAUGGAACUGCUAUGGAUUCUAUCUUGAAGAAACUGGAGCAGCUGAUUAACUUUAAGGACAAUUUGAUUGUAAAUGAAAGGUAUCAAAUUCAGUCUCUUUACAAUCAGCUAAGAUUCCUUGGAGCCAUUCUCAAGGAUGUGGAGGAGAAGCACCAUGAGAACAGCGAAGCUGAAAACCUGGCGAUAAAAAUUAGUGGCGUGGCCUAUGAGACAGGAGAAAUCAUCCACCCUGCUGUUGCCAACUUUGUAAGACUGAGGGAGAGCAACAAGGAUAAGAAAAUUGGUUUUUGCUUAAAUCUCAGUGAUAUCAUGGAACAGAUUAGGCCCAUCGAGGUAGAAGUGAUGCAGUUUUAUGACAAGAUGUAUCAGAUCCAAGUCCUAGAAGCCGGAAAGUCUUCUGAUGGAGACCGCCUGUCUAUGGGGAAUAGAACCAUGGUAGGGGAAGAAAUUAUGGUGGGCUUUGACGAUGAGGUGUUGACUAUAAAAAAGCGACUUGCUGGAGGGAAGAAGCAGCUAGACAUUAUACCAAUUGUUGGGAUGCCUGGACUCGGUAAGACAAUUUUAGCCAGAAAAGUGUACAAUGAUCCUUAUAUCACACACCACUUUCAUAUUCGUGCAUGGACUUAUGUUUAUCAAGUACCCAGAAAAAGAGAAAUGUUAUUGGACAUUUUACAUUUUGGUAAUGUCCUUAUCGAGGAAGUUAAAAACAUGAGCCAUGAAGAGUUAGGUGAAAAAUUGUACAAGAAAUUAAAAAGAAAGAGAUAUCUCAUCGUCAUUGAUGAUAUAUGGGAUAUUAGUGCCUGGGUCGAUCUUAAAAUAUAUUUACCAAAUGAUAACAAUGGAAGUAGAGUUAUGUUUACUAGUCGGCUCAAAGCGGUGGCUAUGCAUGUGUCACCUAAUUGCCAUCCUCAUUGUCAGCGUUUUCUAACUGAAGAAGAAAGCUGGGAGUUAUUACAACGGAAGGUGUUUCAGAAUGGAAGUUGCCCUGCAGAACUGAUUGAAUUUGGGAAGCAAAUAAUGAAAAAAUGCGAAGGGCUUCCACUUGCAAUUGUAGUAAUAGCAGGACUUCUUGCAAAGAAGAAGACAGAAGAGUGGUGGAAACAAGUUUCCCAAAGCGUUAGCUCGUACAUUGUUAGUGAUCCAAACCAGUACUUGGACACACUAGCACUGAGUUACAAUCACUUGCCUCGUCACUUGAAACCAUGCUUCCUUUAUUUAGGAGCAUUUCCAGAAGAUCAAGAAAUCUCUGUGCAGAGAUUAAUCUGGUUAUGGAUAGCUGAGGGGUUUAUACAAAAAGUUGGGCCGAAAAGCUUGGAGGAAGUAGCGGAGGAUUACUUAAUGGAUCUAAUUCAGAGAAAUCUGGUCAUUGUUGCUCGAAAAAGGUUUGAUGGUCGAAUUAAAGCAUGUCGUAUGCAUGAUGUUUUGCGUGAUUUAUGCUUGAAGAAAGCUAGGGAAACUAAUUUCCUACAGCAGACUCACAAUAAUAAAGUCGCUUAUCCUUCCUCUUCAUGCAAUUACAGAACAAAUACUCAAUGUCGCCUCUGCAUCAAUUAUGACUUUGAAUAUUUUGACCAUGUUUCCUUUGGCUCUUAUUCCCCAGUAGUUGUUCAGUCAAUCUUGUGCUUUAAUGCUUCAGAUGGGUCUAAAUAUUCGAACAAUGUGUUAAAUGGUUUGCUGUUUAUUUGUGAGACCUUCAAACUUCUUAGAGUAUUGGACUUAUGGCGUGUCUAUGGCUUAUUUUCAAGAAAAUUAAUAGAACUUGUUAAUUUGAGGUAUUUGGCAAUUAUGGUGGGGGGUUCAGUUCAAUUACCGCUGUCAAUAUCCAAUCUCUCAAACCUAGAAACACUUGUUCUUUUUGCAUCUGUGUCUGAGGUUACUCUGUCACGUAAUGUGUGGAAGAUUCCGAAGUUGAGGCAUCUUUAUACUAAAGGAGAGAAAUAUUCUGUGUCUUUAAGUUCAGCAAUGGAUCACAGAUAUCCCUCUAUAUUAGAAAACUUACGAACCAUCACAAACUUAAAACCUUGUGGAGCUGUUCAGGAUUUAUUGGCAAGGACUCCUUAUCUGACAAAGCUAGGAUUUCGUGGGCCUAUGAUAUCAUAUUUAGGGCAUUGGAUGUUUCCUAAUCUAGACUUUUUACAACGCCUUGAGACUUUGAAGCUAUACAACAAUUUUUGCAGUCAGCCAACCACUUUUCGAGGGGUUAAGUUUCCUACAAAUGUUAAGAGGCUAACCUUGAGAAAUACAGGUACAAAGUGGAAGGAGAUAUCAAUCCUUGGGAUGCUGUUACCCAACCUUGAGCUUCUCAAAUUAGAAAGUGAGGCUUGCUGGGGACCGCAAUGGGCAACAACUGAUGGGGGUUUUUCUCGACUCAAAUUCUUGAAACUGAAGUACCUCAAUGUUGAGCGAUGGAUCACCUGCUCUAGUCACUUUCCAAGUCUUCAUCACUUAUGGUUGGAAUCGUGUGACAAUCUCGAGGAAAUACCAUGUAGUUUGGGGGAUAUACUCACUCUACAAAUGAUUACAGUAGCCUAUUGUCGUCCCUCUAUCGUGGAAUCUGCCAGGAAAAUUAAAGAAGAGCAAGAAAGCAAUGGAAACAAUGGGCUGGAAGUGCUGAUUAGGAAAGAUUGAGUCUUUUUUAACAUUCCUGCGUCACUCGAAGCUUGGGUCCUUGUGAGUCCUUUUUAAUAUUCCUGCGUCACUCGAAGCAUUCCUAAUCAGCACUUCCAGCCAAUUGUUUCCAUUGUCUAUUGCUGUUCUUUAAUUUUCCUGGCAGAUUCCACGAUAAAGGGACAACAAAAGGCUACCUGAAUCAUUAUGAAAAAAGAGUGUGAGAGUAUUGUUUGCUAAAAAUGUUGAUUAGGAACGCUUGGCGUGACCUUUCAGUCAAAGUGUAAUGAUACAACUUCCAAAGGUAUGUUCUGUUUUAUAGU